AUGAGCGAAAACACUGCUUCUAAAUAUUGGAAUGAAAGGGUGUACUUUUGGGGAUUAAGACGCCGAGACAUUUUUUUAUUUGAAAUUUAUGCUGCGACAAUGUUCCUAGGAACCAUUUAUGGUGGAUUCCUAGAUAGAUCCAAGAUUGCGAAUUACUUUGGCAAUUCGAAAAACUUGAUUAACAUUUUGUUUGUAAAGAAAGGAUGGUUCUGGACUACUGUUGCGUACUUCUCACAUAUAUGGUAUCAGAAAAAUAAACAGCUUGGACACAAACUUAUUAUUCGUUAUGUGCUAGCUACGCUUUGGUGGUUCCUUGUUACACAAUGGUUUGUUGGACCAAGUCUUAUAGAUCGGGCCUUCGCCUUGACAGGGGGGACUUGUGUGGACUUUGAUGUCGCGAGUAUAACAUUUCAUCCAAAAACGGCUGUUCACUGUAAAACCGCAAAUGGUUUUUGGACCGGAGGCCAUGAUUUAUCUGGUCAUGUGUUUUUGUUAACUCAUUCUAGUCUUUUUAUGCUUGCAGAAAACUUUGACUAUUUCGUCCAUCAUGGGAUCAAGUCUACGUCGACAAAGUUUUUGACAGGCUUGUUAUGCUUAUGGUGGUGGAUGCUGUUUGUUACUACAGCUUAUUACCAUACCACACUUGAGAAAUUUACUGGAUUCUUUUCAGGAAUUUUGGAAUGGGCUGUCGUCUAUGUCUUAUGUUCUAAAGUUCCUUUUGUUUCGUCAAUUCUAGGAUCUCCUGAAGACGCAUGA